GCCCGGGCGAUGCGUACGUUUAGUUAUGUUAUGAGUGCACGCGUGAUGAACAAAACGUUUCCAUAAAAUAAAAUAAAUACUCUAUUUAUUAUUAAAAUAAAUUAUUUUGAAUUUUAAUGUAGUGUUGUUAAGGUUUAGUUUCGAAGAAGUGUGGUGUGGUGUUUGUCGUGUGUAUUUAUUUUUUUAAAUUUUUUUUGUUUAUUUUAUAUUUGAAAUUGGAAAGUUAGUGACAAUGAUUAAAGUAAGCGAAAUCAUGAAGAUCGGUUUCAUUGGCGGCGGGAGGCUGGCCUUCGCCCUGGCCAACGGAUUUAUCUCAGCUGGUUUGGCAAAACCCGAUGAGAUCACGGCCAGUGUCCAUCCUGCCGAUGUCGUCAGUGCUGAAGCGUUUAAGAAACUGGGUGCGACAGCAGUGUUCGAGAACAAGCCAGUGGUGGAAAGAUCCGAGGUGGUGAUCGUAUCUGUGAAACCCGAUGUGGUGGUGCCAGUGCUGAAGGAAGUGAAGGACCUGCAGGCUUCGAAGAACAAGCUGUUCAUCUCUGUCGCUAUGGGAGUUACUACUGCUGCUAUUGAAAAGGUAUUACCAACAGAAGCUCGUGUGAUCAGAGUGAUGCCGAACACGCCAGCAUUGGUGCAGCAUGGAGCAGCCGCCCUCAGCCGAGGUACCCGAGCCACCGCCGAUGACGCCAAGCUCACCACACAGCUGUUCCAAGCCGUGGGUACUUGCGAUGAAGUGCCUGAAUAUCAGAUGGAUGCUGUUACUGCUUUGAGUGGUAGUGGACCUGCUUAUAUCUACAUGAUGAUAGAGUCGCUAGCUGAUGGCGGUGUGCGCUGCGGCCUGCCUCGCGACCUCGCCCUCCGCCUGGCUGCGCAGACCACGCUCGGCUCAGCAGCCAUGGUGAAGACCGGCACCCACCCGGCAGUACUGAAGGAUAACGUCACCAGUCCUGCUGGGUCCACCGCUGAUGGAACUUAUCAUUUGGAGCAAAAUGGUUUCCGUUCAGCUGUCAUCGGUGCGGUGGCGGCGGCCGCGGACAGAUGUAAAGUGGUGAACAGCCAGCUCAACAACAGUUAGUCCGCAGUCUGCAGCUUAUUCUAAUGUAAUUAGAUACAAAUUAUAUUACUUUAAGAGUACAACGAAUAUUAUUUUCGUAAAAUAAAUGAUUUCCAAUUUUA